AUGUAUAUGAGAAGUGAGAAUCGUGAGAGCCAUUCAUUUCACACCGCUAUCGAGACGAUGGGAGCGCACGAUGAGGAGGGUGCACUCAAGGAAGCUGUCGAAAGUUUGUCCCAGCUGAUUCUGACUGCCCAGUCCGCUUCUUUGCUCAAUGUGGGACGUAAGAAGAACGCAACACUCUUCACUCAGGUUGGUUAGGAAGUAUUUUUGCCGCAUUUCGAUUUUAGAAGACUCAGCGGGACCGCAGUACGCUCUCGGAUCAGUCAGCUCAGAGGUCGUCUAAAUCAAAGGAUGAAGAAGAAAAGGAUCGGCUAGAUUUAAUGAGUUGCAAUGAAAUUCUGGAAAGGUUUAGGGUAAGUGGUGUUUAAUUAUUAUUUUUUUCUGAUUUUAGGUAGAAAUCGAGCAUUUGCAUAAGGCUUUGAUCUGAUGCCUAGUAUAAUAUAAAAUUUCUCUUGGCAUAUCCGAUAUCUCAUGAAGAAAGGCUUUCGAAGAGAGGUUAUACUCUAUAGGCUGCAUUUAACUAGUUUUUAGCCAAUUUACAACUUGUUUAUAUUGAUUUAUGAUUGAUUUUUUCUUCAGAUCGGCUCAAAGUCCCCAAAUGGCGGCUCCAAAUACUUAGCAUUGAAGAAAAUAGCCGCUGGCGGUUUCUCAUCAGUCUUUGUGGGACAUCCUAAGGGCUCUCCGGGUACAGCCGUUGCCAUUAAACGGGUCAACAUUGACAAGGAUGAGGGCCUAAAGGAGCAACUGGUAUUUGAAGCCGAAUUGUUGGACAGAUUGGGCAAAAACAAGUACACAGUGGAGCUAAUGAACGCUGAGACAAUGGAGAACGAUUUAUUCUUGGUGUUGGAGCUGGGUACUGAAGCUUUCAUCGACUUUUUAUGCAGAUAUCAGAAGGAUCGGAGCUAUAUUGAACAUAAAUUUAUCCGAAAAUACUUUCGUCAGAUGGUCCGUGCUUGUGAAUUCAUCCAUUUUCAAGGUAAGGAGGACGUGAAUUUGCGGUUUUAAGCGGGAAAAUCGCGUGUUUUUGAAAAUUUUUAUAUUAUCCAUGAUGAUUUUGGUAAAAAAGUUGGUAAAAAGGUUGACUUUUCUCUAAAUUAUUAUGUUCUUUUAUUUGAAUGAUAGUAAUGGCUUGAUUUUUGAUCUGGUAUACUUAUUGGUUGAAUAUUUUUGUUUUUUUAUAUUAUCCAUGACGAUUUUUUUAUAAAAAUUUUAUUUUUCAUAAAAAAUAUUGAUCCGUUUUCCUUCAGAAAUUGUCCAUUGCGAUAUAAAAGGCGAUAAUUUCAUCCGAAUGCCCUCCGGGCGUCUGAAAUUGGUCGACUUUGGCUGUGCCGUUCUGCUCGGCGCAAUGAAUGAAGGUGUAUACAGGAAAAGGAAGCUCGGCACAAAGCAUUACAUGUCUCCAGAGUACGUGAAGCGCGCCUAUGCCUCGCGAGCGCUGGAUGUGUGGUCGUUGGGGUGCAUUUUGUACGAUAUUAUCCAUGAAAGAACGCCGUUUGACUCCGAAAAGGAUGUAAAGACGGCGAUUUUGGAGAAAGAACCGGACAUUUCCUUGGUCAGCGAUGAUGACAUGGCUCAUGUUUUGAGUGUAGGUCGAAUUUAUUUUAAGUUUAGAGCUCUAGUUUGGGAUUUGACAUCAAGAUUUUUGAGAUGGGUUACAGUGGCGGACCUGAUCCAGUGGGAAAAACGUGAGGGAAAUUAUGGGUUAUUUUAUACACGAUGCCUAAAAAAUAGAUUUUUGUCGACUAGAAUUUGACGUGAGGCAAGAACAAGCUCAAUUUUCGUCAAUUUUUCGGCCUAAAAGAGUCGGUGAUCUCUUCAGGGUUCGAGCUACAGUGGGGGACCGGAUCCAAUGGCAAAAAACGUCUCAUUUUGCAUCCCGAAAGGGACCAAAAUGUCUCCAAACUCUUCCCUUCUCCAAGCUAAAAAACCCCGCUUUGAAGAGCCCGCCUUGAAGGAAAGGGCGCGCUUUUCAAAACGGAGUUUUUUAGCUUAGAGAAGGGAAUGGCUUGGAGUCCUUUUGGUCCCUUCCGGGAUGCAAAAGGAGACGUUUUUUGCCAUUGGAUCAGGUCCCUCACUGUACAGUGGCGGACCUGAUCCAGUUGCAAAAAACGUACCAUUUUGCAUCCGGGAAGUAUCAAAAAUGUGGCAAAAUACCUCCCUCUCCAAAUGAAAAAAAACUUCUUUUUGAAGGGCCCUUUCCCUCGCAAAGAUAGCGCACUUUUGAAGUCGGAGUUUUUUCACUUGGAGAGGGAGGUAUUUUGCCACAUUUUUGAUACUUCCCGGAUAUAAAAUGGUACGUUUUUUGCCACUAGAUCAGGUCCGUUACUGUUUAGACUAAAAAAGUAAAAUUUGUAGGGAAUAAAAACUAUUCUACAGUGUCGGAACCGAUCCAUUGGCAAAAAACGUUCCAUUUUGCAUCCAGGAACUAUCAAAAAAUGUGUCAAAAUACCUCCCUCUCCAAGUGAAAAAACUCCCAUUUCAAAAGCGCGACCACUUUUUGUGAGGCGCCAUUCAAAACGAUGUUUUUUCACUUGAAGAGGGAGGUAUUUUGCCACAUUUUUUGAUGCUUCCUGGGUGCAAAAUGGCACGUUUUUUGUCGCUGGAUCAGGUCCGUCACUAUAAGUUUGAUGGGUAAAAUAUAAUAAUAUAAUUUUGGUCAUUUUUUAGCUGACUUUUGAACGAGACCACAAGGAACGAGUCUCUUGUCGACAGUUGACCCAAGAACGAUAUUUUAGCCGUAAGUUUUGCCUUGAAAUUUUGGAUUUUUUUUUUUUUUUUUUUUUAAUUUUUCGACUUCCUAAGUUAACGUUAUUUUAGGCUCUGAAGACCCGGAAAGUGGAAUUUUGAUUGUCCGAAACGUCGAACAUCACUCGUCCAAGACCAGACUGCUCUCGUGCAAGUAUGACACUGGCAUUGAGUCAUGA